AUGGCCAAACCCCAGCCCUCCUGGAAUCUCGGUAUCCCAGGUCCCGAGACCCCCGCAUCACCACGUACCCUACGGACACUGCGAAAGAUCCAAUCUCACCAAGUGCUGUCAAGCUCUAGCGCACUGAUUGCCCAAACACAGGCCUCCCACCAAGGAGGUGCCCAUGACAGUGACUCAGCAGGGCUACCAGGCGCAGCAACACGAGCGCGCGCACACCGUCGGGCUCGAUCGAAUAGCGACGCAGCAGCCCGUGAAGCUGCCCCAACACCAUCCGCAACCCAGAGACGACCCGCGCGCAAAACCGGCUCAGGCAUUGGAUUGAAAAGAUCACUUCUGGAGAAUUUCUUACGCGAUGGUCCCCCCAGUGGCGAUCCCCGCGAGGGUCUCCAAGAGCUCAAGUACCUCGUGUUAUCCAGCAGAGUGGACGCCGACGGAGAUGGAAUGUCACCGUACCGAAUCUACCUUUGGCUGAUUCUCCUCGACAUCCCACCUAUGCCAACCGAUGACUACCUAGCUCUUAUCCACCGCGGCCGAUCACCCGCAUAUGCCAAAAUCCGCAACGACACCUUCCGCACCCUCGCCACAGACCCUCUCUUCAAACGGCGCGUCACAGAAGCAAGCCUAAUCCGCCUCCUCAAUGCCGUAGCAUGGAAACUGCACGAUUCCAGACCGAAACCCCGGUCUCGACCGACCUCGUCUCGCCGCCGUGAGAUGGAACUUCUAGUAAACACGCCACCCAGCAUCGCAGAGGAGUCUACGUUUGGCGGGGAGUUGGAGAAGACCAACGCGCCCACCACCGACUCGGCGAUGUACGUCCAAGGCAUGAAUGUGCUGUGUGCGCCCUUCCUGUAUGCCGCCCGCAGCGAGGUCGAAGCUUUCGCUCUGUUCCAUUACUUCGUCACGCGCGAAUGUCCAGGCUAUAUACGCGGCGCUAUGGACGGGGUGCACAAGGGUCUUCGCCUUGUUGACCGAUGCCUUGAGAUCGUGGAACCAAAACUUGCAGCAUAUCUUUUCUCCAAGGGUAUGCAUGCCGAGUUGUACGCUUUCCCGUCGGUAUUAACUCUCUGCGCUUGCACACCCCCCUUGCCGGAGGUCUUGCAUCUAUGGGAUUUCCUAUUUGCCUACGGCCCGCAUUUGAACAUCCUCUGCAUCGUCGCCCAACUAAUACGUAUGCGCGAUAUGAUCUUCGAAAGCCCAAGCCCGAAUAAAAUCCUCCGCUCAUUUCCUCCCCUUGACGCAAAAGAGAUCAUUGCGUUGACUGUUCUCCUUGUGCGGAAGAUCCCUGAGGAUCUUUAUGCCGAGAUGAUCGCCCAUGCGAAAUAG